AUGAUCGCUGUACUAUUCUCCUUCGUCAUUGCAGGAUGCAUAUACUACAUCGUUUCUCGUAGAGUGAGGCGGUCGCGCUUGCCACCAGGGCCGCCUGGCAUUCCUAUUCCCUUCAUUGGGAACAUGUUUGAUAUGCCUGAAGAAUCUCCAUGGUUAACAUUUCUACAAUGGGGACGGGAUUACAACACCGAUAUUCUCUACGUGGAUGCUGGAGGGACAGAAAUGGUUAUUCUUAACACGUUGGAGACCAUUACCGAUCUAUUAGAAAAGCGAGGGUCCAUUUAUUCUGGCCGACUUGAGAGUACAAUGGUCAACGAACUUAUGGGGUGGGAGUUUGACUUAGGGUUCAUCACAUACGGCGACAGGUGGCGCGAAGAAAGGCGCAUGUUCGCCAAGGAGUUCAGUGAGAAGGGCAUCAAGCAAUUUCGCCAUGCUCAAGUGAAAGCUGCCCAUCAGCUUGUCCAACAGCUUACCAAAACGCCAGACCGCUGGGCACAACAUAUUCGCCAUCAGAUAGCGGCAAUGUCACUGGAUAUUGGUUAUGGAAUUGAUCUUGCAGAAGACGACCCUUGGCUGGAAGCGACCCAUUUGGCUAAUGAAGGCCUCGCCAUAGCAUCAGUGCCGGGCAAAUUUUGGGUCGAUUCGUUCCCUUCUCUAAAAUACCUUCCUGCUUGGUUCCCAGGUGCUGUCUUCAAGCGCAAAGCGAAGGUCUGGCGAGAAGCCGCCGACCAUAUGGUUGACAUGCCUUAUGAAACUAUGAGGAAAUUAGCACCUCAAGGAUUGACUCGUCCGUCGUAUGCUUCAGCUCGUCUGCAAGCCAUGGAUCUCAACGGUGACCUUGAGCAUCAAGAACACGUAAUCAAGAACACAGCCGCAGAGGUUAAUGUCGGUGGAGGCGAUACUACUGUCUCUGCUAUGUCUGCGUUCAUCUUGGCCAUGGUGAAGUACCCUGAGGUCCAGCGAAAGGUUCAAGCGGAGCUUGAUGCUCUGACCAAUAACGGCCAAAUUCCUGACUAUGACGAAGAAGAUGACUCCUUGCCAUACCUCACCGCAUGUAUCAAGGAGCUUUUCCGGUGGAAUCAAAUCGCACCCCUCGCUAUACCGCACAAAUUAAUGAAGGACGACGUGUACCGCGGGUAUCUGAUUCCCAAGAACACUCUAGUCUUCGCAAACACCUGGGCAGUAUUAAACGAUCCAGAAGUCUAUCCAGAUCCCUCUGUGUUCCGCCCAGAACGAUAUCUUGGUCCUGACGGGAAGCCUGAUAACACUGUACGCGACCCACGUAAAGCGGCAUUUGGCUAUGGACGACGAAAUUGGUAA